GCAACAGGCCGCAUCACAUGCUAUAUAUACACACAGAGAGAGUGAGAGCCCUAGCUACUUUCAUUUUGCAAGAAUAUAAAGGAUCUAAACCGAACCAAUUAAAACACUACUGAUUCUUGCAUAGCAUGCCGGCCGCCGACUAGCUAUAGCCCUACUACAUCUCUGGUCGUGCAAGAACGCUGCGUGGCGGCACAAGAGAUCAUGAUGGCCGGCGGUGACCAUGAAGAAGGAGAGGAAGUGGUGCUUGUUGUGGGAGACGAGGAGGAGGAGGAGGAGGAAGACGUGCUUCCUGGGUUCCGGUUCCACCCCACCGACGAGGAGCUGGUCACCUUCUACCUCCGCCGGAAGGUGGCCGGGAAGCGCCUCAGCAUCGAGAUCAUCAGGGACUUCGACAUCUACAAGCACGACCCGUGGGACCUUCCAAAGUCGAGCUCGAUCUCGGGGGAGAAGGAGUGGUACUUCUUCUGCCUGCGGGGGAGGAAGUACAGGAACAGCAUCAGGCCCAACAGGGUGACAGGCACCGGCUCCGGCUUCUGGAAGGCCACCGGCAUCGACCGGCCCGUCCACUCAUCCGGCCGCGCCGGCGGCGGCCCCGUCGUCGUCGUCGGGCUCAAGAAGUCGCUCGUGUUCUACCGCGGCAGCGCCGGCAAGGGCACCAAGACGGAGUGGAUGAUGCACGAGUUCCGCCUCCCGCCGCGCGCUGACGACACCGCCCACGCCACGCCCGCCAGCGAGCGAGAGGCAGAGGUGUGGACCGUCUGCCGGGUCUUCAGGAGGAACUUCACCUACAAGAAACACCCCCAGCAGCAGCAGCAGCAGCAGCAGAUGGCUGCAGGCGGCAGCGAGGUGUCCGCCGGCGCCGGCGCGGCCACCGUCGCGCAGCCCGGCGAGUCGAGCUCCGUCACCGGCGGCGUCGAAUCGGACACCGGGGACGAGUACACUAAUACGAUCCGGUGAAUAAUACGAUCGACGGCUACGGGUACGGGUACGGCCAGCAAUUGCAGCAGGGCCAGUGGAACAGCCACGCGCUGCUUGCGGCGGCUACGGCGCCGCUGCCGCCGUCGCCGACGACGUUGGGCGCGUUCCAUCACGGCGGCGUGCUAGACGACAUUUACUACAAGGAUGGGUCCAGCUGGGACGACGUUGGCAGGAUGAUCAUGGAGCUGGCGGACCCCAGCCCCAGCCCCAGCGUGUUCUCGUUCUAUGACACUAGAUCAUAUGCAUAGCAGAGUGCAGCUCCACACCACGCGCACGUAGCACCACAACAGAGAAGAAGGAAACAUCAGACUGACACAUGGGACCUGCGUGUCGGGUGGUAGGUUAUUGCAUACUAGCUAGAUGGACCUUAUUAAUUAUACUGAGUUCCCAGAUGUAUUAUGUUGUCAAAACAACUGUAUCAGUGUCGAUGUAUAUGGUGUUAUUCGUUUGUUCGUAAAGUAAUAG